AAAAAAAUCCUUUUCAAAUCAAUUUGGAAGUUAUUAGUAUGAAAUUAAUUGAAUUUAGGAAAGUUAUUAUUAUUGAGUAGAGGGAAAUACAAUGAAUUAUACAAUUAAACCUUGAUUUAAGCAGAUUUUUUUAUAAAAUUAUGUAGGUAGGUAGGUACUUACGGUUUUGUAGUUGAUUAUUUGCCGAAAAAUGCACUAAAAUUAUGUAAUAUCAGUAGAAACAAUUUAUAAAUUUAUUAAUAUUUAUGGUAAUGAAUUGAUAGGAAUGGAUUUUGUGGAUUUUAGGAACAAAGGAUGGCACUUAACUUUGAACUCGAAGUAUUUGUAGUUUGCUCAGCACGAUUCUUUCGAUGAUUCGUUGGACCUCGCAAGCCACACGACGACUUAUUAAGUUUCCUGUUUUGCUUUGCUUCCUUUGUCCUUUUUCGUAGUGUAAUCCUUAAGGUUUUAGGUUUCCUUCUUCAUGGACGCCGGUCACGGGCAACGGAAAAAAUAUUUUCUUAUUUGAAGAUUAUAAUUCGAGUCCUGUCACGGUCGCCAAAAAUUUUUUUAUGUUUGGGCAUAGAAAUGGAGUCUUCUUCAAUAAAAACUCGGUGUUUUUAGUAAUUUCGCUUUAUGUUAUAAUAAAAUCAAUUUAGCAGAAACAGUUUUCUUGACAGAAUGAAUUUAACAAUUUUAACAAGUCAUGACAUUAUGGUCGGUAAAACCAGCCGAACACACGAACGCGGGCGACAUCUGCUAUCUGCCGGCGACAACCAAUGACGCUUGGGCUAAGAGCGCUCCGGUGUCCCAUUCAAUAGAUGGCGCCAUCCGUUAUAUAAAUGCAAGUUUUCGCUAUGAUUUGUAAUAUUCCUUUUCUUUUAUAUGUAUGUAUAUGUGGGGUUUAUAGGGGCGCGAACACUUAUAACCAAGUAAAAAUCUAUAAAAUACAUUAAUAUUAUGAAAAACAAAGUGGUAAUCUAAUUUUUUAUGGAAUAGUUCACAGGAACAUGCUCCGGUUCGUCACAAAGGAAAAAUGAAAACAAAAUGACAAAAAUGAGUUGUUAUGUCAAUUUCUUUUUAUUAUUUAUUAAAUAGCCAUCAAACCUUUGAACAAAAACAUCUUAACACUAAUAAAUCACUAUAAUCAUCAAUUAGCAAUUAUUUUUCUUUCGAGAUCGUCACAGUAGGAACUUUUGAUUAGUAAAAUUUCUACAACUUAAAAUAAAUUGAACUUAAGAGCUUAUAAAUAAUAUGAAUAGCAAAUUAAAUGGUCAACUAAAACAAUAUAAAUAUUAUCAAGUAAGUAAAUAUUUCUCAAACAAAAAUUAGUAUGUGUCUCGGUAAAAAUAUGGGACAGUGACUAUUUGGAAUUUUAAGUGACUAACUGGAAAAAAAUAAGCUGAGUUUACAAAGAGUACUAAUUUAUUUGAUCGAUCAUUUAAUAUUUCAACAGUCUUUAUUAUAAUUUCAGUAAAAACAAGUUAUUUCUUAAACAUUUUUAAUUAAUCUUGAGGUACAUACAUAGUUUAUACAUAUUUUGAACAGAUUUUUAAAAAAAUUGUAAAAUUUAAUUAUUUUUAAUUAAGUACCUACCUAUUCGGAAUAGCAAUUACCGUUACGAUCAAGCAAUCAAAGUUAAAUAGAUGCAAAGAAAAUUAUUCAGUUGUCAGUUACAUGUAAUAAUGUAAUAUAUAAAAAGUGAAAAAAAAAUGGAUGCGUGUAACUUAUGUACGCGCGUGAGAAGUUAUACUUCUUUAGCAUCAUUAAAAAUAUUUUUUAAUUGCAUGCAAAUAAUUAAUAAUUACAAUAAAAUAAUAAAAGGACUGGAAAAGGAUAGUUAACACAGUCAAUUAAGUUCAGUUUUAAUUUGAAAAAUUAAAUAAAUAUUCAAAAUAUUCAAUUAAAAUCACUACUGAAUUUAAGUUAUUAGUCCAUAUGAAAUUAGCACUUGUAAGUAACUAAAACACGUUGUGUCUAUAUAGAAACUAGAAACAUGUGGAUAAAUAUUAUAAAUAUGAAAACAGUGAUCAGAGGCGACGAGCGUGCCAACAUUGUUUUUGACAACGCGAUCAUCUUAUGGAGCUCCGUGGAUCGUUCAAAGUACCUUUCGAACAGAUGUCUAAGUGGUUAAUAAUCCACCAUUAUUAGACACUAACAUUCAUAACGCGCCCGCGGCCAACUUCAUGGUGUUACUAUUGUGUUACAGUGAUGCGCGCGCAUCUCGAAAUUUCACUCACAUGAUUUUUUCAUAACGCGCCCGCGGCCAACUUCAUGCUGUUACUUUUGGGUUACAGUGAUGCGCGCGCAUCUAAAAAUUUCACUCAUCAUUUUUUCAUAACGCGCCUAAAGAAGUAUAACUUCAAAAAUUACUUAAGCUAGGUUUUAUUCAUUGCUAAUUGGAAUGUAUUAUGUUAAGUAUCACUUAAGGUACUAAUCAGCCUUCGAAACACCGGUCGCAAAUAUAGUCGAUAGCUGGUUGGUCGCAGCAGGUUCUGCAUACCCAGUUUUUACAACCAAUACUUUGCGUCAUGUCUGUCAUCACAUAUAGUUUACGUAGUUUACACAUAUGGCAUGUAAAGUUUCUAUUGAUUAUAGUUUUUAGUGACCUAGACUUGUAUUUUUCUUCUUUUAAUGGUAAAAGUACUUUUACCUUUUUAUUUGUCGGACCUAUAUCUGAUGCCAAUGUAUUAUUCUUUCUUUUAUUCUUAUGAUCAUUCUCUUUUUCUUCUGCCAAACAGCGUAUAUCGUCCUUUGUCAAACAGUCUACGGUAUCUGAAACUAAAUCAAACCCUGGUUGAGGAUAUUCUAUGGCAUCGUCAAAAACAUCUAUAUCCAGAAUAUCAUCAACUUUCAAGUUCAGUUCCAUAACAGAGUCAGUCUUAUUAGCUUUCUGGCGGGGCGAAACGGUAAAGUCUACAAUCUUAAAAUCACUUUGAUCGAUUUUACUACAGGGCGCAAUAUCAGUAACGGUGGCGAUUUCUCCACCACUUUUAUCGCGAGGCACAUUUUCGAUAUCAAUAAUCGAGACCGUUUGAACGUCGCAGUUACUCUAAUCGUUUUCAACUAAAGAAGCAGCGUUCUGAUUGACAUCCAAAAAUAAUUGAACAUCGUGAUAACCCUGGUUAGUUUUAUCGUAAAAAACAGUGUCAUUUAUAGAGUCAGUUGUAAUACCACGGUUUUUAUUACAAGGCGACAUAUCAGGUCCGGUUCUGUCAGAUUUAAAUGAAUGAGUUUCGGGAUUCAGACAAGUGCAAAGCCCGCGUUUAUCACCACAGAAGCAACUUAAUUGCCAUGACCUGGUGGAGUUUCAUGGUUUGCGGAACAGCUUUAAGAUCUUUUGGAAUGAUUUUGUUCAUAUUCUCGAUAUCACUAUCAGAGACUUUGAAACAUAUAACAGAUUUCAUACUGGUUGAUAAAUGUUGAUACGCAUCAUCUGCAUCUGUCACAUCAUGCCAAUAAGCCACAGGUCUAACUGUCUUUUAACUGCACCCCCAAUACCAUCUGCGACUCCCUUACCAUGUCCACUUUCCGAAAAUGACCAGGUAAUAUACUUUAGUUUUAAUUUUAUUGUAAAUAAGUUAAUGAGGAAAACGUUCUUUUUCUGCCUAUAUUGGGAUGUGGGGCCGUCAGAAAAAAAAUGGAUAAUUUCAAUUGUUGAGUCUGAUUUCUUUACAAACUGUAAUAUGGGCAAGAGAUGUGCCCAGAUGGCAUUGAGUUCGUGACAUGUAUUAUCUGAUAUCGUUACAAACGAUUGCGACAUAUUAUUCCAAUAAAUCAUACCACAAUGCAGUGUUAUACUAUUUUUCGAUGCUCCAAAAUGCAUCGAUUGGAUCUCGGUCCCCAGUUUACAGUCGUAAUUUUCGAAAUAGUCGACUAGAAUAGCAAUUUCUUUCAUGGCCAGAUCUUUAUUGCAAAUUUGGUAUUGCCGCUGCUGCUCUUUCCAGUUGUAGUAGUGUAUCUUAAAUUUUGAAAACUCAGCUUUAAAUUCUGUCACUAGAUCUCGAACCUUUCCUUUCUGCACAGGGCCGUGCCUGGGUAUAUGGCCGCCUGCGUGCCAGUCUGUAUGGCCGCCCCCAGGAUAACAUUAAAAAAAACUACUUUAAUUUUUAAUGUUUAUUAUUAUACACAGGGCAUCAAACCGGGAAAAAAUCAGUUUUUGGUUAACCGAAAUCGAGAACGAAAAAAAAUAUUGAUUUUGUUCCCAAAACCGGUUUCUGAAAAGAAAAACCGGCUAAAAACCGGUUUUAUGAGAUUUAUAUGUUUGGAUGAAAUUUAAGAAAAAAAAAUGCACAAAAUAAACAUUUUUUUAUUUAAAAUUUAAACAAAAAUAAUAACAUGAAAAAAAUUAUGGUAUUGGUUUUAUAAUCACAGACAAAAUUAUCAAACAUAAAGAACAAGGAAUAACCCUUAAAUCUAUACUAACAUAUUAGGAUAACAAAGCUCAGUGGCCAAUGGCAGAUCUGGGCUGACUUGCAACUUGGGAGGUAUACAAAAUAGAAUUAAUUUACAUACUUUAAUAAUAACAUGAAAAAAAGUAAUUAUGGUAUUGGUAUUAUAGUCCAGGAGCCACCGCCUGUUUUUUUCAUUGAUUAAUAACAGGCUGAAUCUUGGUGAGUAGUUUCCGUUCGACGAGACGCCCAAGUUUUUCCUCUGUGAAAAUUCUCGAUAGAGGUAGCUAAUAAAGUGCGCAGCUAUAAAGCAUGUCGAUUUGGUGGAGUGUUGAAAUUGUCUGACUAACAGUCUAUUUUUUAUUACAAUGUUUAAAUAAUUGUAUUAUAAACUGGGAGGAAUAAUUGUCCUACAAAAUGGAUGGUUUGUUUGAGAGCGUCCUCCACUCCGAAUAUGUCGAAACGACGCGGCCAUAAAAAUAAUUAAUAACAAGCUGAUUUUUUGUAUGCAGCUUUGUAAAUAUUGUUAGAAUGGAAUGACCGUUUAGUCCUACAAAUUUAGUGGUAGGAUUUCUCAGUCCGACACUUCGAAGUUGGCAAUUCUAUGGUAAUAAUUUUUUCAUUAAUAACAGCCUAGUUUAAAUUUUUUCCUAUCGGGGAUAAAGUGUAGAACACUAUUUUAUCACUGGCCUACAAAAAAAGUAGUAUGUAUAUAUAUAAUUAAAUAUAUAUCAAGCGGUCCUGAUAAGCAUGUACCAUUUUCCACUAUUCUUGGAAUAAGCACGAUUAGCAGCAUGGAACAGAACUGGACUCUCGUCGCGGAGGUACCGUGUUCGAUCCCUUGGAGAAACUUUUUUUUUUUUUAAAUCGGGGAACACAAAUUGUCAACAAUAUUGGAAGAAUGAAUUUCCGUCGCGUAUUGAAUAAAUUAGGACGCAUUAAUUAUUAAUUAUUUUUCGGAGAAUAUUUAUCAAGAGACGCGACAGCGGCUCGAGGCCAAGUUUAAAAAAAAAGCGUAGCGCGCGAGCUGCCGCACUACACAACAUCAUCAACAAUACCAUUCAAUUUCAGCAUUUUCUGCUCUUCUUUAAUGACAUGGUCAAUGCACCGUUUCCACGAUUCAGCUGUGAUUGAUUGUAAGGCAUCGGCUAAUUUUUAAUUUCAGUCAUCUUAAAUGUUUUAUUAUUUUUACCAACAUAUCCCUUGUCUUGUGCCCAUAUGUACAAUACAAUCAGAUGCUUUCCUUUUCCACUUGGGUUUUUCAAUCCUGGAGUGGGGGCAUUUAAGGGAUUUUUCGGCGGGAACUGAGAAAGAUCUAGAAAGAAGCCGUGCCGGCCAUCUGGCCUUGGGUUCCCUUCCCAAGCCAGUCGGGCACAAGCGUUCAAAGCGAUGACAUAUUUCAGUCGAAGCGUUCAAAGUGCCGUAAAAAAACCUUGAUAUAAAAGUUAAGUGAGUGAAAAUGGAGUGUUUUUUGUGUACUGUACUCCGGCGAAAAAAGAGAAGAAAUAAAAAAAUUUUCCAAAGAAAUUCUGCUCUCGUGCAAGCAAUUUUUAAAGGCGCGAAAACAUCAUCGGCACAAAUAUAACGACGUAAUACUGCCCGCCAGUUGUGAUGACGAAAUAAUCGGUUAUCAUUCCUCUUGCUACAAGGAAUUCCGAGUCAAGGCUAAAUAUUUGACUUAUGAAAGGUAAGACAUUCAAAUAUUUUUAAGCGGGUAUUUUGUCUAAUCGCUAUAAAAAUUCGCCUAAAAAUCUCGCUGCGGACGUUCGAUAGAAUAGAAAUAAGAGCAAGAAUAGAGACGAGUCCACCCAGCCUCGAACGUUUUUACCGGGACAGCUGCACAGUAUUCGUAUAUUCGAUUGUCUGGGAUUACACAAGUAUGCUGAAGCAGCCGUUUACUUUUGAAAUACCGUUAGGUUCGGGGGUUUGGUGUUUGGAGUCGCGGUACAUUUAAAAGCGAAUCGCUGCAAGAUAUAUAUAUAUAUACACACAAUACACAAUACAUACAUACACAGAUUUCCGUGUCCAUAUAUCUCAAAACAAAACAAGCCUCAGCUGACCGGACUCGCACCUUCAACUUAAUUAUGAAAAUCAUAUUACCCAAGGCCAACGGCAUUUCGAAUAUAAACAGCUGCUCCAACAUAACCACAGAGAAAUAAAACGACUUACGGGCAAUUUUUCCGUUUCCUUUCCAAAUUCCUUGCAUCGUCCUAAUGAAAAUAAUCAUUUAUUUUUAUAUUUUGCAUGAAAACUUUGCUCCGAGCAUCCUAAAAAUAUUAACUUUGAUUUUCAGUCGGUAUAAAACGACAGUUAAUAUAAAUAUAAAAAUAAAUGAUUAUUUACAUUAGGACGAUGCAAGGAAUUUGGAAAGGAACGGAAAAAUUGUCCAUAAGUCGUUUUAUUUCUCUGUGGAUAUGUUAAAGCAGCUGUUGAUAUUCGAAAUGGCUCGGAGAAUUCGGUUUCAAAACAAUACAAAUCUCAGCUGAUCGGCCUCGCCCUUUCAAAUAGAUUACGAACGUCAUAAAAAUGAAUUUAUUCGAAAUGUGCUUCCAGUAUUCCAAGAAAAACUGCAACUUUCGAAAAAUCUUUUCAGCAAUUAAUUUUUCCAUGAAAACUCUGUACUCGAAAAACUAUUGUAAAAAUUCAAUCUCUUUUGUAAACAUUCUACCGUUAUUUGGAUCGACACUUACUUUUUUGACAAUUAAAAUUUAUUCAAUGUAAAAAUUCAUCAGUUAAUUCUGUAUAAAAUAUGACGAAAAUUGAUUUUGUCAUUUUCCUUUCCGAAUUUCAUGAAUCAUUCUAAUGAAAUAAUCAUUUAUUUUUAUAUUUUGCAUGAAAACUUUACUUCCAGCAUCUUUGUAAUAUUGACUAUGGUUUUAUACUGACUAAAAAUCAUAUGUGAUAAAAAUAAUAUAAUAAAUGUCGAAAUUAUUGUCACAAACGGAAAUGUUUUCAUAUACAGCUCCGAUUCGAGCGGCACAUCACCACCACGCAGAUCUCGGGAAAAUAUUGAUCAUUUGUCAACAUCUUGUACAGACGUACAAAUAGAUGAAUUACCAUCCACUUCACGGUUAGUAAUAAAAUGUAAACAAAACUCUAGCGAAAUCAAACGAACGAUUGCAAAAUUUUUACAAGAAUUAAGAAUAAUAAUAAUAGUAAUAAUAGUAAUUAAUAGUAAUAGUAAUUAAGUAUAAUUAGUAUAAUUUUAAUAGUAAUUCAUCAAGACUUUUCCAAAAUUAUACAACGCAUUUCAUUAUAUCAUUUACAGAUUUAUUGAUGAAGAUGUAAUAGACAGUGUAAAUCUUGAAAGAUCCAAUGUCGAAAAGUUGGCGAACGCAUGCUUUUUUUUGCCAAAAAAUCACCAUCAAACGCAAAGGACGACAAAUAUAUUGUAGUACGAUCAAAAAUAAAAAAGCGUUCCUGGAAAAAAUCAAAACAUAUGCAACAGAACUGGGGGAUCUAGAUUUGUCUUGCCGAAUACAAGAAGAGUUAAACUCUGAUGAUAGCACGAUGUGUUUUCAUAAUAAUUGUAGCCUCGAUUAUUUUGCGAAAUAUCAAAAUAAGAUACAUCGCCCACCUAACAGCGAUUGGGCCUCAAAAAGGGAUUGCCACAAAAUUGCUAGGGAACGAUUGAUUGGCUACGUUGAACGGGAAAUAAUUGAAAACAAACGGGUUCUUUCGAUGGCUCAUUUGAACGAUUGUUAUGCAGAGUUUUUAACUGAGUUAUAUGAAAUCGCAGAUCUUGACGCAAGCAUUUUCAGCACUACUGCUCUUCAAGACCACAUUAAAAAGGAACUCAGGAAUAAAAUUUCAAUGGUGAAGAUCUCGCACAAACUUUUUGUUAUGUCGGUGGAAAUUGAUAUUGAAACAGUGGAGGACGAAGAAAUUGAAAAUAUUUUAUUCCAACAAGAAGCUCAAGAUUUCGCUUUAAAAUAUCGCAAACAUAUUUUGAAAAUAAAGAAAAAUGCUUUGCCGGAUUUCAUUGAUAGCGAAGUACUGGACAGAGGAGAAUGCGAUAUUCCAAAAUGGUUGCGUAUAUUUUGGAGUACUGCUUUGAGCGGUGUUAGGAAAAAAAUAUGCAAUCGCGUUGAACGAUUGUCUUCGUGCUACUCACAGGACUCUAUUUAUAGUAUCACAAGGGGCAAUAUAAAACCGCGCAAACAUAUUUCAUUGGGCAUUGCGAUAAAAAGUCUUACGGGAAGCAAAAAAGUAAUCGACAUACUGAGCAGACAAGGUUACUGCAUAAGUUACAGCGGAAUUCUAGAAUUGGAGACGUCUGCAGCAUACUCUUCGACUUCGAACAAUCUUUUAUGCCCUUCCGGUAUUCAAACAACUUCGGUGUUAUCGUCUGGAGUAGCGUGGGAUAGUUUCGAUAGAUUUGUAGAAACGACCUCAGGUAAAAAUACUUUGCAUGAUACUGUUGGGAUCAUUUAUCAAAGUAUUCCCACGGAAGAGGAAUUGGAUGCAAUCGAAAAAAAUCAUGAGGCGUCCACAGAAACUGCGCAGAGUUCUUCCGAUAAUGUUCGUGAUUUGUCCGGACGUAGGAAGCGAGCGUUUGAGCCAGAGAUAUUUGAAACCGUACCAUAUGCAAAACAACGUCGUCCAGAAUUUUGGCGUAGUACGAUACAACGCAUUGGUGAACCUGAACACUUAAAACAGUUUCAAAAAAUUCAUUUUGCAUGGGUAAUUUCUCACAAAUUACAAAUUGCAAACACGCCAAUGUGGGUAGGAUUCAACGCUAAAAUUUUCAGAGAUGAAAGUAGGAUCCAAAAAGUUGAGUACCUCACACAAAUUAAUAAUACACCCACGGAUCCAGCGGUUGUUAAGGAAACCAUGCGGAGAAGUACGCAAAUCGCCUCUGAAUGCGGAAAAAACUUUUUCAGUGUGACGUAUGAUUUAGCCAUGGCCAAGGUUGCGCUACGAAUUCAGAGUGCAGAGGAUGAAUUUCAGAAACUUUUUAUUAACUUCGGACCUUUCCACAUAAUGUUGUCAUUCUUCAAAGCUUGUGGAAAAUUUAUAAGUGGAUCUGGCUUAACGAACAUUCUUAUAGAUAGCGAAAUUUUGGCCAGUGGAUCUGUUAGUUCAUUUGUAAGUGGAAAACACUUUAAUCGGUGUAAAAAAAUCCAUCCCUUACUCUCUCUCGCUCUGCAAAUUUUGCAUUUCGAAAGAUUUUUACAAUCCGAAGAAUACGAUCUGGAAAAUAUUCAACAAUAUUUAGAAGUAUUCAAUGAACAGCAGAACGAUCACCCACAGAUAAUAAAUGAAAACUUGGCAGAAUUGUUCGACAAAUAUGAACUUUACAAAACUGAAACUUUGGAAGGAUUGCAUGGCAAAACACCGCAAAUAUAUUUGUUGUACACACGGUUAAUCGGAUAUUAUUUGGAAUUAGACUACAGUAUUCGUACGGGUGAUUUCGAUUUGUUUUUACACGUUUUGCAAAAAAUAACGAACGUUUUUUUCACAAUGAACCACCAGAAUUACGCACGAUAUAUGUCGAUCUAUUGUGAUAAGCUGAUAAACAUCGAAAUUACACAUCCCGGAUUGCUCAACGAUUGUAGAAAGAGUUUCUUGGGCAUCCGAAGAACGUCGAAACCUUUCUCGAGAAUCCCGAUCGAUUUAACGUUAGAACAGACAAUUAAUGCCGAUGCCGCUUCUACAGCUUCCGGAAUCAUAAAUAUAACAAACUCUUUCUCUGCAAGACAAAAAUGGUCAAUAACUCACUCAUUGCGUACAAGUAUAAUAUCAAAAGUUAUGGAGUUUUGCGAUCUGAGGUCACCAGACGAUAUCUCAAAGGAGUUGAAAAAGUCAGCAAUCACUAAAUCUGCUAAGAACUUGGAAGUGUUGCUGCAAUCGAUGAAGCAGUUCACGAAUCCUUUUGGAUUGGAAUUAUCAGAAGACCAUCUUUACAACGUUUCUAAAGGUCAAUCGGUUAACAACGACGUAUACGAUUUUUUGGCGUCAGUUGAAACCAUGGGCGAAAAACAACGCAUGGAUUUCAUUACAGAGAAUCAAGAAACACCAGAGAGGUUUGACAAAGCCAUCAAAAGAAAUAAAAUAAUUAAUUUUGAAUGCAAAAAUACGCAAAAUGUGAAAAUUGCUGGAAAAACUAAAGAAGUGAAGAUUCAGCGUGAUGUUUACGGUCGUCUACUAUACGCGUCACUAAAAAAUAAAAUUGACAUCGAAAAAGCAUUGAGUUAUCCUCUGGCUCCAAUGUCGUUUUCGUUUUGUCACACCGAUGGAACGAUUUGCAAGACCACAAAAUCUUUGAUUAUUUCAGAAUUAGUGAAGCAUCAGGCUGAAGUCGUAGAUCCUCCGGAGGCAGAGAUCCACUUAAUUGACGGUUUUUAUUUCUUACAUACGUUAAAAAACCUUCCCGAACGAUAUGAUAAAAUCUCGCAACAUAUAUUGAAAAUCAUUACGUAUAAUCGCAAGGAAGUACAUAUAGUUUUCGACAAGUACGAAACCCCCAGCAUCAAAGAUUAUGAGCAUGACCUGAGAGGUGAAGACAACGUGCAGUAUGACGUGCGCAAAGACAAUAAACGCCCCGCUGAGUUCGCAAAAUUGUUGAGAAGCAGAAAUUUCAAGGAAAAAUUCGUAGAAUUUUUGAUUGAAGAUUGGGAAAGAGACGAAAUGGCGCUUUUGAUCAGGGGGAAAACUGUCAAACUCAACUAUGAUAAAUGUUAUGUUUAUGAGGUGUCCGAUGCACACGAAGUAAAAAAAGUGAUCGACAACAACCUCACGUGCUAUCACGAAGAAGCUGAUACGAAAAUCGUUUUUCAUAUAUGCCAGUUUAACAGGAAUUACCGCGUGCAGGUACAUUGUACGGAUUCAGAUAUACCCGUGAUAAUGUUGGCAAAUUUCAAAUACUUAAAGGAAAAAAUUGAAAUAAUAUUUGAUCUGAGCACGGGGAAAAAAAAAUUGUACUUGGACAUGAAUGCAAUUUAUGCCAAGCUCGGAGACCAAUUAUCGCGGUCGCUUGCUAUUUGCCACAUUUUCACGGGAAACGACUUUAACCCAGCCUUCUAUCGAAAAGGAAAAAAAAGACCUUUUGACAUUUUAAAAAAAAAUAUCAAAUUUCAAGAAGGAUUCUUAAAACUGCACAGCGAGCGCGCUGAAUUAUCAGAAUCGAGCGAUAUAUUCCGGGUUCUUGAAGAGUACGUGUGCAGACUGUAUGCCCUAAAAACGAAAAAUGACGUAAACUAAGGACGGUAUGAAUUAUUUGAAAAAGGGUACAAAUGCAGCAACCAAGAAGAGAAAAUCGUUAAAAAAAAAGUCGUCGGAUACGAUCCCUCAGUUCUGCCACCAACGAAACAAGAGCUGUUGCAGCAGAUAAAGCGCACAUCAUAUAUUUGCAAUAUUUGGUGUAAUGCACACAUGCGCAGCCCCUCAGAUAAAAAUCCGGAAAAUUGUGGAUGGGCACUAAUUGAUGGGAAGUACCAUUAUUAUUGGUUUGAUGGUCCGCACAGUCCAUCUCUGGGAGAGUUGACUCCUGAAGUUCAAGAAUCAGAUGACAUUUCAUCUGAUGAAAAUGAGGAAGAUGAAGACGACGCAGAAGCAUCGGAUGAAGCGUCGACAUCCGAAUCCGACGACGAUUAAUUUUUUUAUUUUACUAUUUCAAUAAUUUUUUAUUUAUUUCAAUAAUUGUAUUUUUUUAUUUUAAUUUUUUUCAUUUUUGCAGUUCAUGCAACGGCAGUUGUCUUAUUGUUUCAAAAUGUAUUGAUCAAGCUUUCGAAUAUACGUCUCCAAGCACCAAAACAACAGCAACGAAAUAAUGAGAUAUAUUUUUUUAUUUUCUUGUAGGACUAGCGAUACAUACCCAUUUUUUUGUAGGACACUGUUUGAUUUAGGCAAAGGAUGCAUUAACUCAUGAUGUGUUUUUUUUGUCCUACGGUUAUUAAUGAAAAAAUUAUUACCAUAGAAUUGCCAACUUCGAAGUGUCGGACUGAGAAAUCCUACCACUAAAUUUGUAGGACUAAACGGUCAUUCCAUUCUAACAAUAUUUACAAAGCUGCAUACAAAAAAUCAGCUUGUUAUUAAUUAUUUUUAUGGCCGCGUCGUUUCGACAUAUUCGGAGUGGAGGACGCUCUCAAACAAACCAUCCAUUUUGUAGGACAAUUAUUCCUCCCAGUUUAUAAUACAAUUAUUUAAACAUUGUAAUAAAAAAUAAACUGUUAGUCAGACAAUUUCAACACUCCACCAAAUCGACAUGCUUUAUAGCUGCGCACUUUAUUAGCUACCUCUAUCGAGAAUUUUCACAGAGGAAAAACUUGGGCGUCUCGUCGAACGGAAACUACUCACCAAGAUUCAGCCUGUUAUUAAUCAAUGAAAAAAACAGGCGGUGGCUCCUGGACUAUUAUAAUCACAGACAAAAUUAUCAAACAGUGACAAUUUAAAAUUAUUUGAUUUUAAAAAAUCAAAUCUUACGUAUUAUUUAUUGAUAUUGAAAAUAGUAAAGGUUUUUGGUUAAUUAACCGGUUUCAUAAAAUUAUUUCGGUUAGGUUACCGGUUAAUUAGGGAAAUCUUUCAAUCUUUCAAUUAUCGCAUUGAAAGUGAAAUUGCUGAAUCUUCACGAAGCAAUUAUUAAAUAAAGUACAUAUUAAAAGUUAAUCCUACGGGAUUUUUUACUGACAAAAUCGUCAAUUGCUUCGUGAAUAUUUAAAGAUUCAGCAAUUUCACUUUCAAUCGCGAUAAUUGAAAGAUUGCUCAUACGUUCUUGCGUCAUGGAAGUACGUAGGUAAUUUUUUAUGAUUUUCAAUUUAGAAAAACUACGUUCUCCAGACGCAACUGAUACAGGCAUGGUCAAUAAUAGUUUUAAGCUUGUAGAUACAUUUGGAAAUGAAUUUUGUAAAUUGUGUUUGUACAAAUACUUUAGGAGUUCUUCGGGUUGUUUCCUAUCUUUUAUAAUUAUUUUCAAUGAAAUUAACUCUUCGUAUAAUUCUGCUCCGUUUAUGUCGCACGAUUCGCCAUCCUUGAAUUUAUUAUGAAAGUCGAAGCAACUUUUUUUUAUGUCGUCCUCUCCUAUUUCAACAAAUUUAUAUAAAAAUCCGAAAGACUGUUCGAAAUUGGAUAAUGUUUCAAAUCGGGUAGUAACAGAUGAAAUGGCUGUAUCCAAUAUUACAUAGAAAAAAUUAAUUUUGAAAUUUUCUUUAGCAGUUAACUGAAUAUCCUCAUCUCCUUCAUAGUCAAAUUGUUUUCGCUUAUGGCGUCGACGUAGAUUAAUUUUAACAGGAAAUUCCGGUUGUAUUUCAAGUGAUUCACAUAAUUCAUCAGCAAUUUUCAAAUACUUUUCGAAAUUUUCAUCAUUUCUAAUACUUUGGAAAAAAAUUAAAAUAUUAUUAAUAGAUUCAGCACAUGAAGUAAGAUUCCAAGAAACGGUCUGCAUCAUUUUACUAAUAAUAUUUACUUUUUCUAAAAUUUCGUACCAUAUUACUGUGGAACAAAUAAAUUUGUACGAUUUAAUUUUCAUUGCCAAACAUUUAGCUUCAUGUUGACCUAUUGGUGUUGAACAUUCUUCCGCUAGUUCUAUUAGGCUGUCAUAAAUUUCACCUAAUUCAUGACGCAGUGGUCUAAUCGCCUUAAUCCUUGAUUCCUACCGGGUUACGCUAACUUGUUUUACUGUUAACGAUUUUACAUGUUUUUUUAAAAUUUGCCAUCGAAAAGGUGAUCCGGAAAAGUAAUUGUAUAUUGCUGACACAUUACUAAAAAAAUCCACAGUUGAAAAAGAAACUUUCGCUGCAUCAUUGACGACCAAAUUUAAUGUAUGCGCGUUGCAUGGCAUAAACAAAGCUCGUGGAUAAUUGUCCAAAAUUCGUUUCUGCAAUCCAAUAUGUUUUCCAGCCAUAUUUGAUCCAUUAUCAUACCCCUGGCCUCUCAUAUCGUUAACAUUUAAUUUAAGAGAGCUUAAUUUUUCAAUUAAAAAGUCGUAAAAAGCUUCUCCAGUACUUUUUUGAGCUGGAGAAAAACCAACGAAAUUUUCUCUCACUUCUACUUCGUCAUUUUGAAUAUGCACAUAUCUCAAAAUUAUUGUAAUUUGCUCGACAUGUCCCAUGUCCGGCGUACAAUCCAAAAUUACUGAAAAAUAUUUGGCGUCUUUUAUUGCUGACAAAAUAUAUUUUUGAAUUUGCGCUGCAAGGAUACUAAUUAUUUCAUUUUGGAAGCGAUUUUCCGCAUAAUGUGGCAUAUGGUUCUUUAAAGCAACUGAUUGUUGAAUGCGAUUUAUGUGAUCUGCCAUAACAUCAUCAAAUUUUCCUAUCAUUUCAAUUGCUUUUAGAAAAUUUCCAUUAUUGUUUUCAUACAAUCUGCUCGAGCUACCUCUAAACGCUAAACCCUGUACUGCCAGAAAUUGUACCACAGAUAUCAUGCGUACGACAAUUUGAUACCAUCGUUUUUUCUCUGCGUCAUAAUACCGUUGCAAAUUUUUAUCAAUUGUAGCUUUGUUUUUUAAAUUUAAUUCCAAAUUUUUCCAAUUGGUGCAAUUUCCGAUAUGCAGCGAUGUUUUUUCAUGACGAGAUAAAUUAUCAGAUGUGUGUUGCCAAUCAUUGAAGCCUUCAUUAACUAAUUUUAUUUCUUGUUUGCCAAAUAAUUUACAACAGAAGCAAAAUAUGGAAUCCGUUUUUGGAGAAUAGAUUAACCACUCACGAUUAAAUUUUUCACCAUUUGGCAUUUUUCUAUAGAAAUAAGUUGAUGAAAAUGAUCUUCCCAAUUCAUUAAUUGGAUAUGUAGAUUGUUUAUUUUGUAUGGGUCCUUUUUCGAUUAAUAUAUCCAAUAUUUUAGUGGUAAUUGUUAAAGGCCAGCAAGCUGGAUCAUUUAAAUCCAUACACAUAGCAAAAUAUGCUUUAUCAAUUUCAGCGGUAUCGGUAUUGUAUAGAUCGAUAUCCUUAUUAUCUUCUGUUUCCAUUUCGUCGGUACUACUAGUAUUGUCAUUAGCCUUUUCAUUUUCGACAGAUAAUUCAUUUUCAUUUUUAUCGCAAAACAAAUCAUCAAUUGGAUUUAAUUGGCUACUACAACUACUUUCCGGUUCUGGCGAUUUUACUAAAAACUUUGUUAAUGCCAAACAUUUUUUUAGCUUCAUUUUGCUUUUCCUCUCGCUUUCUUUUAUAUUGCGCUCCAGACAAUCUUUUCGUUUUCCUUUCAGACAUUCGUAGACCUUUAAAAAUGUAAAUGAGCAGUGAUAUUAAAUUUUAGGGUAGACUUUCACUUUUUGGGCCCGGGAAAUUUUGGCGGGUAUUUUUGGAGGGAAAAGGCCUUUUGAUAUGAAAUUCUUAAAUAAAUAUUAAAAAAUAUUUAAUAAUAUUAAAAAAAAAUUAAAAAAAUAAUAAAUAAUAAUUAAAAUAAAUAAUAAAAUAGCGCAAUUUAAUAUUAAAUUACUUAAAAUCUAUAAUUAAUGUAUAUUUUAAUGCGCAUAGGAUGACACGAUAAGAAAAUCAUUUAUAAGCUUUUUAAGUAAAACAUAUUUUUAAACAUAAAUAUGUCAAGAUUUAUUUUGAAAAUGAAAACGGAGAGGAAAAUUCAACCACAUAUAACUGUUUUCUAGUUCAAUGUCAGGUAAAUUUCUUCCAUUUAAUAACAAUAACAUUGCUAUUAUAAAAAGGAAUCAUAAGCUUAAUUUAAAGAGUUGCUUUCGGCUACACAAGUUCAAAUGCUUGAUUUUCCAUCGGCGGGUUGUGAGCGAUUUAAACAGAGAAUCUCGUAUGCAAACAAACAACUUUUAAUUAUUAUAUAAAUGCAUUCAAAAUGAGAAAGAUAUUCAUUUUUUAGUAUAAAUUAAGGAAGAUUUUAAGUAAUUUAAUAUUAAAUUGCACUAUUUUAUUAUUUAUUUUAAUUAUUUUUU